GGUCUGAGGUGGCGGCGGCGGCGACGGUGCGGCCGGCCAAGCGCGGGAGGGAGCCGGCCUGGCGGCCCGCCGCGCCCCCGGGUGCUGGACUCGGCCCUCCUGCUCCCUCGGUGCUUCCGUUACGGCCGUUAGUCCGGCUCGGGCCCCGGGGCCAUUCCAGAGCCCGCGGCGCCGGCCGGCCCCGUCGCUGCUCCCGGGAGCUGCCUGACGGACUUCGGCGCGGCCUGGAAGCCAGCCUCCUCCCGAGCCCGGCGCCGCGCGCGCGGCGGGCUGCCCCCGGCCGCAGCCCGGGAGGCCGCGCUGUCUCGGCGUCGGCGCUCCCCGCGGCGGGGCGCGGCGCCGGGGCGAGCGCUCAGCCGCCCGGCUCCUCCAGCGCGCUCCUCUGGACGGCGGGCGGCGGGCGCGCGCCGCAAGUUGUCCCACGGUUGUUCUCAAGUUGCUUCGAGUUGGCAUUUCUCCGCUUCCGCGCGGCGCGGGACCCCGCUAUGGGCCGCGGGGCUGGCCGGCCGGCCGCCCGGAGGCAGGGCUCGGGAGCCGGCCGCUAGCUGCGCCGCCGCCCGGGGUCGGCGGGCCGGCAUGAGGACCUCCGCGAGGGGACGUCUGCGGCCCGCGUCGGCGCUGGGGACUCAGAAACCAUGCGGUGACACCUGCUGAGCCUUGGUGGUAGCCAUGUCGGAGCCCCACAGGGUCCAGUUCAGCUCACUGCCAGGCUCUCUGAAUCCUGCCUUUUUAAAGAAGUCCCGGAAAGAGGAGGCUGGAACAGAGCAGCACCAGGACCCCGAGCCUGCGGCAGCCGCUGUUCGGAUUACACUCACCCUCUUUGAACCAGAUCACAAACGAUGCCCGGAGUUCUUCUACCCAGAGCUGGUGAAGAAUAGCCGAGGGAAGGUGAAGGGUCUUCAGCCUGGAGACAAGAAGAAAGAUCUUUCAGAUCCUUUCAAUGAUGAAGAAAAGGAAAGGCACAAAGUGGAAGCCCUUGCCCGGAAAUUUGAAGAAAAAUAUGGUGGAAAGAAACGUAGAAAAGACCGAAUACAGGACUUGAUUGAUAUGGGGUAUGGUUAUGAUGAAUCCGAUUCCUUCAUCGAUAACUCUGAGGCGUAUGAUGAGCUUGUUCCUGCUUCUUUGACCACAAAGUAUGGAGGAUUUUACAUUAACUCGGGAACCCUGCAGUUUAGACAAGCAUCAGAAUCUGAGGAUGACUUCAUUAAAGAAAAGAAGAAAAAAUCUCCAAAGAAGCGGAAGUUGAAGGAAGGUGGUGAGAAGAUAAAGAAGAAGAAAAAAGAUGACACUUAUGACAAGGAGAAGAAAUCGAAAAAGUCCAAGUUUUCCAAAGCCGGCUUCACAGCCCUCAAUGCCAGUAAGGAGAAAAAGAAGAAGAAGUACUCUGGGGCUCUGAGUGUUAAGGAGAUGCUAAAGAAGUUUCAGAAGGAGAAGGAGGCUCAGAAAAAGAGGGAGGAAGAGCAUAAGCCUGCAGCCGUCUCCUCAGCGGACGCCCAGGGCCUGCGGGAACUGGAGGGCGCCUCGGACCCCUUGCUCUCGCUCUUUGGCUCAACUUCUGACAACGACUUGCUUCAGGCGGCCACUGCCAUGGACUCGCUGACUGAUCUGGACUUGGAGCAGCUGCUCAGUGAGUCUCCGGAAGGAAGCCCCUUCCGCGAUAUGGAUGAUGGGAGUGACUCCCUCGGGGCGGGACUGGACCAGGAGUUCAGGCAGCCCUCCCCCCUCCCUGAAGGCUUGCCGGCACCUCUGGAGAAGCGCGUCAAGGAGCUGGCCCAGGCUGCCAGAGCUGCUGAUGGAGAGAGCAGACAGAAGUUCUUCACCCAGGAGAUCAAUGGCAUCCUGCUGGAUAUAGAGGUACAGGUGCGUGAGCUGAGUAGCCAGGUCCGUUCUGGGGUGUACGCCUAUCUCGCCUCAUUCCUGCCCUGCAGUAAGGAUGCUUUGGUCAAGCGUGCUCGGAAACUUCACCUCUACGAGCAGGGGGGACGUCUAAAGGAGCCUCUGCAGAAGCUCAAGGAAGCCAUCAGCCGAGCGAUGCCAGAGCAGAUGGCCAAGUACCAGGAUGAAUGCCAGGCGCACACGCAAGCAAAGGUUGCCAAGAUGCUGGAAGAGGAGAAGGACAAAGAGCAGAGAGAACGGAUUUGUUCCGAUGAAGAUGAAGAUGAAGAAAAGGGAGGCAGAAGGAUAAUGGGGCCCCGGAAGAAAUUCCAGUGGAAUGAAGAAAUCAGAGAGCUGCUUUGCCAAGUGGUGAAGAUCAAACUGGAAAGUCACGACCUGGACAGGAGCAAGGCCCCGGCAUGGGAGGACUGUGUCAAGGCCUUUCUGGAUGCUGAGGUGAAGCCACUGUGGCCCAAAGGCUGGAUGCAAGCCAGGACUCUGUUUAAGGAGAGCCGACGAGGCCACGGACACCUGACGUCAAUCCUGGCCAAGAAGAAAGUAAUGGCCCCUUCGAAGGUCAAAGUGAAGGAAUCGUCUGCUAAACCUGAUAAAAAAGUUUCUGUCCCGUCAGGACAGAUGGGCAGCUCCAUAGCUUUGUCCUCAGAACUCCAGGGCGGAGGCCCGAGCCUUGGGGCCACAAGCAGAGAGCUCCCAUCACAGCCAUCUGGUGGCCCCGUCAGCCCUGCUCCUGUCUGCCUGGACGACUCACUGGAUGAAGACUUGGGCCGUAAUCCAACCUCCUCGGUGGAAUCCGUGUCCAAGGAGCUGGCUGUGCUGAGUAGCAGAGCAGCAGGGAGCUCUGAAUUCACACUACCUGUACCUUCCAAAGCGUCUGCAGACAAAGUUGGAGGUGUUCUGUGUACAGAGGAGAAAAGGAACUUUGCGAAGCCCAAUCCUUCUGCCCCCCAGCCCACUAGCUCUCUACAAUCCCCCCUCAAUUUUCUGGCUGAACAGGCUUUGGCCCUAGGGCAGCCAUCUCAGGAGAAAAAAGCAGAGAGUUCUGGCUACAAAGAGCUCUCCUGCCAGGCUCCCCUCAGCAAGGGCCUGCCAGAAGCUCACCAGUCCAAAGCAAAGCACCAUGGCUUGCCACGGACGCCUCACGGACCCCCGGUGGCGGCUGGUGUGCCUGGCCCCCAAGUCAGAGUCCUUCACGCAGGCACCCAGCAGCAGAAAAGCUUCACCCCCCCCACCCCUUUUGUAAAUAAGCUCCAAGGCCCAAAGGCCUCCUCUGCGCAGUGCCACCGUUCCCUCCUGCAGCUGGUGAAGACGGCGGCCAAAGGCCAGGGCCUCCAUCCCCCCGCACCGGCCUCCACGGCAGCCUCCGGUGGCAGCUCUCAGAAGACCCCAGCCACGUCCUCCACUGCUCUGAGCCAUGCAGCCAAGCCGCAUUCAGCCAGCUCUGCGGGGCCGUCUUACAAGAAUAACCCCUUUGCCGGCUCAGUCUCCAAACACGGGGUUUCUUCUGGCGGCUCCUCUGCUGGAGGAGCGCCGGUGCAGAGCUCUCCCCCCCAGCCCUUGUUCCCCAGCGUGCAGCCUCCCUCCGCAGGCCAGCCAGCCGGCCGGCCUGCGCCAAGCUCUGCCGUGAAGAAACCCCCUGUCUCCCAGAAGCUGACCCUGGUGGCUCCUCCUGGUGGUCCCAAUGGAGAUGCUGGUGGCGGGACCCAGGGAGUGGCGAAGUUACUGACCUCCUCCCUGAAGCCGGCUGCGGUCAGUAGUGUGGCGGCGCCUGCCUCCUUGCCAAAAGGAACGAGUGGGGCUGUGCUGCUGACCAGCUCUUCUCCUUUAAACCUGCUGUCCUCGUCCUACAAGUCCACCAGCCCGAAGCUGCCUGGGGCCAUGAACUCGAACUCGCUGGGAAUUAUAGCCCCCGUCCCGUUUCCUCUCCAUGUGCUCUCCUUCAGCGCCGACUCCUCUGCCAGAGCAGGGGUCUCCAAGGAUGCCAUCGUCACAGGCCCUGCCCCUGGCACCUUUCACCACGGCCUCAGCCCCAGUCUUCUGGCUGGCUUGCACCCCAGCCCACCCCACGCAGCGCCUCUCCCACACGCUGCCUUGUCCACCCAUAUCCCGCAGACUCUGCCAGAUGCUUCUCAGCUUCACGGGAAGGGGCCCGGUGUACCACGGAAAUUAUGACUGCUCCAAGGAGAGGCUCGACCGACGUUGGCUGUGUAGGUCUUGGAUCACGGAUCCUCGCUGUCCUCUGUAUGCCAGCUGGUUUGCUUUGGGAACAGGUGUGAGUCCUGAGUGGAGCACUUGGCACUUCUGAGGUGCCUUCAACCAAGGGAGCCACUGACGAGGCGCUUCACGACGCUGGUGCCUGCGGCCUUGUGGCUUUGUUGCCCGACGGUGGUCGGAGGGCAGUUCUGGGCAGGGGAGCGUGUGUUUACAAGACUGGCGGCAGAGCUGUGGUUCAAAUCCAUCCGAACCCGAGUGCCUCCUGGCACCUAGCGGCCAGGGGCUCCUUCUGGCCACAGGCAAGGCUGGGAGACCUACCUGAUCUCUUUGCAAAAUACUGAGAACAUCUAAUAUCUGGCCAUUGUGAAGGGCCAGUUUCUCCUGGGAACCUGACAAUGAAGCUCUUACAGAGAAAUGACCUUUGUAGAUUCAACAGUUGUAAUAGGAUUUUUAAAGACACCUAUUUUGGGCUCAGUUUUCAUGGUUACCAUUAAAUGCAUUGGAUGGACUGGGACAAUUCUUUACACAUCAUAUUUUAGGAAGAUGUAAUUCCAGUGCCUUUAUGGUGGGGCAGGAUUUGACAGUGCACAUCCAUUCAGCCCGCUGAGUGGACCUGCUGUGGAGACCUUUUUAGAAGAUGUGUCUGUAUUGAAGACGUAGCCAGUUUUGUUUGAGUUUUUUACAGUUGCACAUCACGAUCUGUGCUGUCUUGCCUUGCAGGUCGUCUGGGCCCCACAAUCCCAGGUCCCUGUUGAGCAGGGCUCUUGUUUUGUUUUUCCAGAGUUCACGUGGGUGGACUGCCGGGCCCCAGAGCCUUUGACCUCUCUGAGGGCCAAGGAUAACGAGGGGGUCCAAGUCAUAGAUAGACAUUCCGGUUUGUCUUAACUCUUAGACAUCAGUCUUGGGCAGAGCUGCGGGAACAGGCCUCUGCAAGGUCUGCCGUGUGCGAAUAGGCCUGGAAGUCCUGGACUCCAGACAGCCGCACGGAGGAGGGGAGAGUGGAUCCGAGGCAGGCUGGGACGCUGACUGCGUGCUGGGUCACACUCGGCCAGUGGCGGUUUCACAGGGACUCUGAAGGCCUUUGCCUGUCCUGUGACUUCUGUGCCACGCUGAGUCUGACCUGACUGCUGCCGCUAAGCCGUUUCAGACAUGUUGAGGGUGUGCAUGUGGCACACGCACAGCUGUGUGAAAACUCGAGCAGCCCUGGGGCCCCUGCCUCCCAGGGCACCCUGCUCAGCAGCUCAGUUCCUGCCUUCGAGGAGCGAGGGGCGCAGCCUCUUAGCCCUCCGCCGGCCUCUGCUCUGAUCGCUUUUUUACAUAAGAGCCGAUCUGUGUUUUACAUUGGGCUACACGGACUCCUUAUCCCUUCAUUAUGUAUGUGUUUUGCAACUUGGAUUUCCAGUUUGUUUACAGAAUAGUCUUAGGUAGUAGCAGAAGAGCCAAAGAAGAGAUUUGUACAGCUGAGCUCAGAGCCAGCAGAGCAGAGGCCGUCAGUGAAGGCUGAGCAGUGGGCGUUCUCUGCCCGUGACACCCGGGUCCCAGCCCCUCCCCCUCCCUUCCCUGCUGGUGCUCCCUCCUCCCACGUACCACUGAGUGUGCAGCUGGAGCAGGAAACCCUCUUUUUAGGAAUCUAGUGAUGCCUCUUGCCUCAGGGAAAUGUUUCUUUGAUGGGGAGUUUGAGAUUUCUUUUUCUUGUUUAUGCUUUAUUUGUGGUAAUGGAAGAGUGAGUGACUUAAGCAGCCAUGGCAAGGCAGAUACACGGGCCCGGCUGCAGCGGAGGGUUGGGCAGAGUGGCUCAGGGCCUCGGUGCUGCAGGGGUUUGGUGUCUUGGGUGCAGCAGAGGGUCUCUGAGCACUUCCCAGGCGUGGCCGUUUCUUAGGUGUGAGAGGGGCUGUGGCUUUUUGUGCAGCCACCGUGUUGGUGUUAGGGGGUGGUGUGGAAAUUGUUAAUCUUGUAUAAAGCAACUCAAUAAAUUCUUUCAAGGUUUCCAA